AUGCCUGCAUACGCUUCCGGAAAGCUCAUCAUAGUGUCCAACAGGCUUCCAUUCAUUCUCAAAAAAAAUGAACAGACGCUAAAAUUGGAAAGAAAAGCCAGUGCUGGUGGUUUAGUCACUGCUGUGGCACCUGUUGUAGUUCAAGGAAAUGGACUAUGGAUUGGAUGGGCUGGUAUUCACUUAGAGGAAGGUGAAGAAAUACCAGAAUCUGAUCCUAAUGAUACAACACCUACUGCUGGAUUACGUUCUGAUAAAGUUAUACCUGUUGAUUUUGAUCCUCAAACGUUUGAUAGUUAUUAUAAUGGUUGCUGCAAUGGAACAUUUUGGCCUCUAUUCCAUUCAAUGCCUGACCGAGCACAAUUUUCUGCCGAUUCUUGGAAAUCAUACUGUGCAGUCAAUAAAGAAUUCGCAUCAAAAACAGUAGGUGCUUUGGAAAAUUUAUCAACAGUAGAAACAGAUGCUGGAACACCUCUUGUUUGGUUGCAUGAUUAUCAUCUUAUGUUAGCUGCGAACAGUAUACGAAAUGUGGCAGAUGAAAAAAAUUUGAAAUUUAAAUUAGGAUUUUUCCUUCAUAUACCAUUUCCUCCAUGGGAUAUUUUUAGGUUGUUUCCUUGGGCUGAUGAAAUUCUUCAAGGAAUGUUAGGUUGUGAUAUGGUUGGUUUUCAUAUUGAAGACUAUUGUUUAAAUUUUGUGGAUUGCUGUCAGCGGAGAUUAGGUUGUCGGGUAGAUCGAAAAAAUUUACUUGUUGAACAUGGUGGUCGCACAGUACGUAUUCGUCCAUUGCCAAUUGGUAUACCAUUUGAUCGAUUUGUCGAAAUGGCAAAGCAAGCGCCCACUGUAAUAAGUACAUCAUUACAAUUGAUACUUGCUGUAGAUCGAUUGGAUUACACUAAAGGGUUAGUACAUAGAUUAAAGGCUUUUGAAAUCCUAUUGGAACGAUAUCCACAACAUAAGGAUAAAGUAGCACUUAUGCAAAUUGCCGUCCCAUCACGUACAGAUGUUAAGGAAUACCAGGACCUUAAAGAGGAAAUGGACCAACUUGUUGGACGAAUAAAUGGUCGUUUCUCAACUCCUAAUUGGUCACCCAUUAAAUAUAUUUAUGGUUGUGUUAGUCAAAAUGAUUUGGCAGCUUUCUAUCGUGACUCAGCUGUAGCAAUGGUUACACCACUUCGUGAUGGCAUGAAUUUAGUAGCCAAAGAGUUUGUUGCUUGUCAAAUUAAAGAAUCACCUGGUGUUCUUAUUGUAUCACCAUUUGCUGGCGCUGGUGAAAUGAUGAAUGAGGCUUUAAUUUGUAAUCCGUAUGAAUUGGUUGAAGCAGCUGAUACUUUGCACAGAGCAUUGACUAUGCCUGAAGAUGAAAGGAUUUUAAGAAUGAGGUGUUUGAGACGUAGAGAAAAAGUACAUGAUGUAGAUUUUUGGAUGCGAUCUUUCCUUAAAGCAAUGGGUACUUUAAUAUUUGAAGAUGGUGAUGAUGUUUUGCCAACUACCAUGCAACCAGUCACUUUACAGGACUUUGAUGAUUAUUUGGCCAAAUAUAUUGGAAAUACAAACAAGCUUGCAUUGCUAUUAGACUACGAUGGUACAUUGGCUCCACUAGCUCCUCACCCAAACCUUGCUACAUUACCUUUAGAAACUAAAAGUGUAUUAGAAAGGUUGGCCAAUAUGCCUGAUGUAUACAUAGCCAUUAUUUCUGGCAGAAAUGUUCAUAAUGUUAAAGAUAUGGUUGGUAUUGAAAGUCUGACUUAUGCUGGUAAUCAUGGACUGGAAAUUCUUCAUCCAGAUGGAAGUAGGUUUACGCAUCCAAUGCCUAAAGAAUAUGUAGAUAAAGUUGGGGAUCUAUUGAAAGUGCUUCAAGAACAAGUUUGCAAAGAUGGUGCAUGGGUAGAAAAUAAAGGUACUUUAUUGACAUUCCAUUACCGUAAAGUACCUGUUAACGCUCGACCUGAGCUUGCAUCCACAGCACAACGUCUGAUAGAAGAAGCCGGAUUUAAAGCAGGUCAGGCUCAUUGUGCCAUUGAAGCCAAACCUCCAGUACAAUGGAAUAAGGGACGUGCAUCUUUGUAUAUUUUACGUACAGCUUUUGGUUUGGAUUGGAAUGAACGCACACGCAUUAUUUAUGCAGGGGAUGAUGUAACUGAUGAAGAUGCAAUGCAGGCAUUAAAAGGUAUGGCAGCAACUUUCAGAGUAGCCCAGUCUCAAAUUGUUAAAACUUCUGCUGAACGUCGUUUGCCAAGUACUGAUUCUGUGUUAACUAUGUUGAAAUGGGUUGAAAAACAUUUUGGCAAACGGCUACCUCGUGAAGAUGGUGGUGGUAAUUUAAACAAUAAUCACAAGAGUUCAUUUGUAGAUAUUGAAUUGGAGCUCAGUAUGCCAGAAGAAAAGUCUCCACAGUAA